UACACCACAAGUGACAUGCCGGUGUCAGAACAAUUCCUGUCCUGAAGGAGGGUAUGCGACCUUCUUUAUUCCCCCUUCACAGACGUCCUUGAGCCCCUGAGACGGAUGUGAGCGAGUUUUUUAGUCCUCAUGCAAAACAACCAUCUAAACAUAACAGAUGACAUCAGCUUGGGCUUUUCAAUUCCUGGAUGGCAGCGGCGUGUUAAUCCAGCCUUCAUCCUGGAUUUCAUAAACUAAAACAAGAGAGCCUGGCAGGAGGACAGCGCUGCUGCUGGGUUGAGGAAAUUGAUGACGGGGAGGCAUGUGGGCAACCAGUGUAUAAAACUCCUAAACGUGUAGGCAGAGGCUCAGCUACUACUUUGGACGGCUGCUUCUCAUCAGCCAAGACCACGACGUAGGGGACUGAGCCGGAGCCAGCUGGGAGAAUGAAGAGCCUCUUGCUGCUGACCACACUCCUCGUACCUGCGCACCUGGCCACGACCUGGGGCGCCAAGUAUGCGGUGGAUUGCCCCGAACACUGUGACAGCAGUGAGUGCAAAAGCAGCCUGCGCUGCAAGAGGACCGUGCUGGAUGACUGCGGCUGCUGUCGCGUGUGCGCCGCAGGGCUGGGGGAAACGUGCUACCGCACCGUGUCGGGCAUGGAUGGCGUGAAGUGUGGCCCAGGGCUGAGGUGUCAGUUUUACAGUGAGGAGGAUGAUUUUGGUGACGAGUUUGGUAUCUGCAAAGACUGCCCCUACGGCACCUUCGGAAUGGAAUGCAAAGAGACCUGCAAGUGCCAGUUGGGCAUAUGUGACAGAGUGACGGGCAAAUGCCUGAAAUUUCCCUUCUUCCAAUAUUCAGUAGCCAAGUCUUCCAACAGGAGAUUUGUUUCUCAUGCAGAGCAUGAUAUGGCAUCUGGAGAUGGCAAUUCUGUGAGAGAAGAGAUUGUGAAAGAGAAUGCUGCCCGGUCUCCUGUAAUGAAAUGGUUAAAUCCACGCUGACCUCGGAUGGGCUUUUCCAAGAGAAGGCUCUACUUUAGUGAUUGUUCAACACACAGCCAACAUUUUAAGAACUCUCUAGAUUAUAGUGUAUGGACAUAAAAUUUUUGGAGACCAAGUGUGAUUCAGGGUGGAUCAAAGAACAAAAAAUAGACUACUUGCAAUUCAUAAAAUGCCUAUGAUGGAACACUUUUACAUAUCUGUUUGAUAAAUAUUCAAAUGCAUAUAGAUUUGUUAAAUGUGUGUGUGUAGUAACACUGAAGAACUAAAAAUGCAAUGCAGAUAAUCUUACAUAAAGACAGGUCAGCAAAAGAGAAAGCUAGUCAAACCUGAAGAUUACUGUGAGCCCACAGGUUCUUUGACUUGGAUAUACAUUAAUGUUGAGAUACUGGAUGGAGGAAGAGUUGGGAGCAAGAGAAGAUGGGCUUGGGAUGAGGGUUGGAAAAUAUAAUAUUCAGCUCUUCCUUAUGGUGGCAUCAAUAGAAUUUAAUUGUGCCUCUGCCUACUCCUCUUUGGGAAAGGUCAAAACAAAACAACUAGAAAACUCCUGAAGGAAGUAGGGUGUUUGAAACUUGUGGGAGUCUGAGCAACAGUCUGAAUUGAGAUCAGUCUCUAAGGGACGCUUAUGUAGUUCCCUGGUUAUCUGUGUCAGAGGAUGGCUCUGGGGCAGUGGGAGAACACACACUUUCACAAAUGGUUUUAAAGAAUGCCACCUCAGCGAUAGAGUGAGGAAAUGUUUUACCCACUGGUAUGCUUGUGUGUGUCUGUGUGUGUGUGUGCAUAUGUGUGUGAGAGAGAAAGUAAAUAUUUAUAUAUUUUUAUAAACAAAUAGGUUAGGACAAGUCAUCCUACAUAACCAUAUUAUCAUUCUUUUGAUGAACGGAACCUAAUAUUGCUUGUUUAAAAUGGUUAGCAUAAAGGUAUGACUCUAUAAUGUUUUCAAACAUCUGAAUUAUGGUAAAUUUAUUAUUCAUAAUUGUAGUAAUUAACAGUAAUAAGCAUAAGAAAAACCUAACAAAAUUUAGUCAACCUAGAGUUAUAAAAUGUCAAAAAUAAGCAACAGAGGGAAUUCAUUUAAAAAUAAAUGCUGUAACUUAGAUGAAUUUUAAAUUUAAAAUAGAAAAGAACUUUUUAGAAGGUAUGAAAAGAAGAGUCAAUUUUCAGCAGGAAACAUGUCAACUUUACAAUGUAGUGUUUUUCUUUUAAACUUGGUUGAUAAAUGGGAUUCAGAGAACACAGGAGGAUCUUGAGACAAACAGAACUGUUGUACUAGAUGUUGCUAGGAAAUGCUUGCAGAAGUAUUUUGUUUGGAGUGAAGAACCUAUUUAAGAAUUAUUUCACCAUUAACCUAUAUUUUAUUCUAGUAGUUUGCCAACAGAGUUGUGAAAAUGUGUGGAAGCAAUUUUUGAAUGCAAGCUGAAUAAGCUGUAAGGUUUUAUUUUAAAAGGACAAGUUUAUUAUUGUUUAAUAAAAACAACAAAAAAUAAACAAGGCAUAGCUGCUCUGUGUCCCUUCAUGAUUUUGUUAAAUUGCUAAAAAUUAUUUUAAGAGUUUAUUCAGUAAGAAUUCUUUCAUGCAUAUUGAAGAGGAGGUCUUCCAGCUGAAUUUUCUGCUACAGAUAAACCUCUUCUGUUAAAACAGAAAGCCAAAGUGUUUCCUUCUUUGUCUCAUGUUUUUGUUCUAAUAGUUCUUUAGAGCAUCCUAAAACGAGGCCCUUAUAUAUUAACACAUUCUACAGAGGCAAACAACAAUGAAAAAUAAAUGCUUCUGUUGGUAUCGUAAGUUAGCUGUACAGCUAAAGCUUGACAUGACGAAUUUUAGGUCUCUGCGUAGAUGGCUCUUUCGCACAGCAUUGAGAUAUUAAAACUUAGAGCAUAUUCUUUGUUUUGUUUUAUCUUCCUGGAUUUUGACUUCUUUGAAGGUAGAAACCUUGCCAAUAAACAGCUAUUGAAGACCAAACCGUGGUAUGGUGGUUAAGGAAUCUGGAUCUCACAUGGCCAACCACAUGAUUUGAGUCUUGGACCUGGUGGCCUGAGA